AUGAAUCUUAUAGAACGUCAGGUCCGUCGCCGUGAACGAGGCGCUCAUCGAACGGAAGCUGACGCACGAUCACAUCACGGACGUCGAGUUUCUCGAGAUUCUCGUCGAGCACGGCGUGUCGACGAACGAGGAACAGAUCGAAAUCUCAGACGCGCUCGAGAAGGCUGGCAUCAUCCUGCGUCUGCACGGCGUCGUGUACCUCGACGCCGCGGAGAUCACGAAAGAGGUCGUGCGCAUGUUACCGCGCGUCCCCGCGCGCGUGUUCGGGCUCACCCAGGAAGAGCUCGCGCAGUUGGAGCUCGAUCACGACGAGAUGAAAAACGAGUACGAAAAAGCGGUGCAGUCGGCGCGGUUCAAGACGAACGGCGUCGUCGCCGUCGGUUUCCUCGCCAUGGUGUUUCAGCUCGGGGUGUUAUUGCGGCUGACGUAUUUCGAGCUGUCGUGGGACGUCAUGGAGCCGAUAGCGUUCUUCCUCGGGAUGCUUAACAGCUUGCUCAUGUACGUGUACUUCAUAUUCAACCGGAAAGAUUUCUCGCUUCGCGACUGGACCAAGAGCUUGGAGGAGAAAUACAAGAAGAAGAUGGGAAAGUCAAACGAGGCGAGGUAUAAGAUGUUGAGUCGGCGGUUACGGCGGUGACCGCGGGGGUGACCGCGGGGUCGCCUGGGGUUCGUAGCGUUGCAGGUUGACAACACUAGACUAACUUACAUCUAAUCUAAUUUACACCUGCAAGUAA